AUGGCGACCAAGAACGGCAUUCUACCGCUGGAAGCGCCUCGUAAAUUCGCAAAUUUCUCCAUAUCUCGUUCUCUUCGACAUGGAAGACUCGUACUGGGAACCCUCCUGCUGGCAGCAGGUCUCGUGAUGCUAAUUCAUACCAAACAUCUCGCCGAUAUCACCGCGUCCAACGGCACUGGUCGAGACAUCUUUUAUGAAGGGCUGAAAAAAUGCCAUGAAGCCAGGUAUCAGUAUCCGGGCCCUCAACCAACAGAGGGUCGACAAAACCCACGUUGGAACUCAAUUUCUGGUCAGCAGAGACCGAUCCUGAUCCAGAAUGCAACACUUUUCGACGGCGAAUCCAUUAUUACAGGGAAAGUUGACAUCGCAUUCCAGGCAGGUGUGAUCCGUUCUGUAUCGGCUGCAAAAUCAAGCCACCAAACCCCUAAGGAUGCUCAAAUCAUCAACGCUCAUGGAAGAUUUGUCACUCCUGGCUUGGUGGAUAUGCAUUCACAUCAUUUGUUACUCCCAUUCCCCCAGCUUCCAUCUACCAACGACGUCAAUGAGCGCCCAGUUCUAGGACCCAUAACUCCGUUUGUUCGCUCAGUGGAUGGAUUCAAGCCAUAUGACCCAGCGAUCCAGAUCAUCGCAUCGGGUGGUGUGACUUCUUCUUUAGUGCUACCCGGAUCGGCAAACAUUAUCGGCGGCGAGGCAUAUCUGGUAAAGAAUUUGGCAACGCCAGGCCCAAAUGCCGAGCCGAUAGUCGAUGAACUACUGCUUGAUCAUGGCAUUGUAGAAAAGAACCGAAAGAGAUAUUUGAAAAUGGCUUGUGGGGAGAACCCCAAAGGCAACUAUAAGAAUACCCGGCUUGGUCUAGUGUGGCUUUUGCGCAAGCAUCUCGAGGAAGCACGACAGCUGCAAGAGCGUCAAUCUGCCUGGUGCCGAUCAGCUGCUAGUAUUGAGAAUGCCAACUUUUUCCAGUCGAGACAGAUUUUACAGUUCCUCAAAAACAGAGGGAGCCGACCGGAGUCCUUUGAACUUGAAACUUCUCUGGCACUUCUCAGAGGAGAGCUCAAUGUUAAUGUGCACUGCUAUGAGCCGGAAGAUCUUGAACGAAUGUUAAACAUCACUAUUGCCACUUUUGCAGAGAAUGCGCUUUUCAAAGCCGAGGCAUACGGGGCCAAUUUACGAGGGCCUAAAAUCUUGGCUGAUCAUGGUGUCCAAGUUGCAUUGAAAUCAGACCAUACUGGCGAGGGAAACUAUGCAAAAUAUCUUGUUUACCAGGCGGCAGUUUCUCACUCGUUUGGUUUGUCUGAAGAAAAGUCUCUUCAAGCCGUGACAUCUGUCCCUGCUAGAUCCAUCCAACAGGAUCACAGAAUUGGAUAUGUUCGCCCAGGAUAUGAUGCAGACCUCGUCAUCUGGGACGAUCACCCGCUCCAAGUCGGUGCAACUCCAACUCAGGUAUUCAUCGAUGGUCGUCCUGUUCUAAAGAGUGGUGAAGCUUAUCACAAAUGGACUACUGGAACAUCUCGCUUUGGAAAGCCACAGGCUCCCAAAAUCCGACCCUCUCUUGGAACAAUUCAGAAAGAAGAUGUUUGUACCAAGUUUCAGCACAACAAUUCAAGAAUUCUCUUCACUGGCAUUCAAAAGGUCUUAAUUGAUAGACACAGUCCAUCUACUACUGCUACCAAAGACCUCGUUAUGCUGGUUGAGGAUGGUCGCGUCAGAUGCCUUGAUACGAGGUCCUCGUGUCUAUCCGACGAAACUCAGAAAAACACCGCACAGAUCGCUUUAAAUAAUGGUUACGUUCUGCCUGGCCUGGUGGCUUUUGGAAACAAACUCGGAAUCCAGUCCAUUCCGUCUGAAUCGUCGACUGGAGAUGGCUCGGGUUCAAAAAGUGGGGAUGCACUGAACGAAGACAAGACACUUCACUUCGCCAAGUAUGGCGUGCAUCUAGAUGGCAAAGGACUCGCGAGGGCUAGGAUUGGAGGCGUCACACGAGCUGUCACUGCGCCUCUUCAUGGUGGUGGCGUCGCUCAAGGUGUCAGUGUUGGGUUACGAAUGAGCAAGGAUGCCACAAUUCUUGAUAACGGCAUCUGGAAGGACGAUGUGGCACUUCACCUCGUGAUAGGUCAGGCAGCUAUAAGCGAUGACACACCGACUGUCUCUUCUGGGAUUGAGAGACUGCGUCAGUUGCUUCAGGUGGGCGAAGAUUCAGCACCAGGGAGUAUUAGCAUUUAUGCUCGGGCUGCAAAUGGCUCGCUUCCUGUGGUUGUACAAGCGUUCAAUGAGGAUGACAUUGCGCAAUUGAUCCUAAUCAAGCGUGAGUUCCCAUUAGUCAACCUGAUUAUAUACGGCGGCCAUGGUGCUCCUUUGGUCGCCAAGCCCCUCGCCGAAGCAGGAAUUCCUGUCAUCCUUACUGGAAACCGUGGUGCCCCUGAUAGCUGGGAGAAAAAGAACUCUCUCGUAGGACCCCCAUUGACGGAGAGCCCUGCAAAAAUCCUAUCUGACGCAGGUGUCCUGCUUGCCCUGGCUGUGAAAAGUGAUUCAACGAUCCACGGUCUGGCACAGGAAGCUUGGUGGGCUGGAAAGUAUGCCAGUUUAACUGACCAGCAGGCCAUUGCCCUUGUUUCAACCAACUUUGAUCUUAUACUUGGAGAUCAAUCGAGGAAGGCUCAGGAGGGAGCUUUCGUUGGUGACUUUGUUGUCUGGGAAGGCGAUCCCCUGAGAGGGGAGGGUUCUGUUGUUGCUUCAUUCCAAGACGAUGGGAAGAUUUCCGAUUGCUGGCCUGAUACCAGUGAUGCUAUUUUGUGA